ACGCACACACUCGAAUCGCUCACACGCACACGCAUCGUAGUCAUCGUCGCUGUUGCCGACGAGUAAAUUCAGUGCCGUUCGACCCGAUGUCCGUUGCGUUUGUCGGGUGUCGUCGUCGUCGUCGUCGCCGUCGCGGCGGUUCACUGUCGGAAAUCCGUCCUCGCGUCAUUUCCGGCUGUUGACUGACCGGAAUAUAACGAGGAAGGAUGCGAGAGAACAGCGGCGGUACCGACGGCAGCGGCGGAGACGAUCGCACGUCUUCGUCGUUUACGGUCAUCAACGACGACCACGAUCUCCGCGGCCGCAGCCGUCGCCGUUACCGCGAUCAUCACCGCGGUCACCACGAUCACCGGGAUCAGCACUCGCGUGACCGAGAACCGCGGCACUUUGCCCGGACCUUGGAUUCAAAGCUCAAAAAAUUGCAGAGACAAACCGGUGACGGUGUCAAGCACGCGUCCAGGAAACCCGUGUUCGUGACCACGGUGAAAACAGGAAUUUUUCUGGACCCACCUCCCGACCUUGCAGCCCUGCUCGGGCUCGACGACCGUUCGUCUCCAUCCGCCGUCGACUCGGACCGGUACUAUUCGUACUCGAGCAAACCGCGUGUGCUCCACGACAGACAACACCAACGGUGUACCGUCUCAUACUCAUCCCGGAAAACCGAUGCCCAACCUGAUAUGUGUAAACAAAUGGGUUACACGAACAUCAUGCACGACAAACGAGUGGUCAGAGGCAGUAAUUUUUCAAAAAAACCAUUUCGUCCAAAAUGGAACCCAUAUUUUGGGUAUGCUAAACAGUUAUCGUCCGAGUUGGGUAAAGAGUCGUCUGCGUCACGGGAAGCAGAAGCUCGUCGAAGGGCCAUGGCCAGGAAAAAAGCCAUAGACUAUCAAACUCGAGCGUUACGAUUGCACUUAGGAGCGCCAAAACUUACCAGAGGCCGACAGAACGUGGACAUCCAAACUGAUGUACAUUUAGAAGAAUUAUACGAUUAUCCAGUAUCUCAGACGUUCGGGGCACAGACUGAAUUCGACCUAGAGCUGUUCUCAAAUCCGGGAACUGGGACGUCCGCUGGUACCGAUGCGUCUACCCAAGUAGACGAUAAAGAUUUAUUCGACUUCGACACCGAAGUGACGCCGAUAGCGGAAGCUCUGAUAGCCGACGUGUUCAGACAAGCUAUGCGCGAAGUGCUGUAUGAAGACGAGCUGGAGGCAAGGGAACGGCAACAAAGAACACUUUGCAUGCGGCGCAAGGUAGAGGAGAUCGAAAAGCAAAGACUGCAGUACGAAGACGAAAGGCUGAAUAAAGUUAUCGCUGAACACACUCAAAUGUUUGAUGAAGGAGAAAAAAAUGAAAAAGCAAGAAUGUCCAUCUUGACUUCGGGCCGUGUGACUGAUUUAUUGCCCAAAGUAAUAGAAGAUCUGAAUCAAGAAGGACUUUCUACAAAUUCGACUAUUAAUAAAUUAGAAAGUCCAGAGUUCGUGUCAUGGCUGACGGAAGAACUGCAAGCUGAUAAAACGAAACACACCAACAGUGACGACAUUUUAAAAAGUAUAAUCCAUGAUCUCAUAAAGCGUCGUUUGGAUUUAUACAAUGAAACUACUGAUGUGAAGGAUAUUGAACAACCCGAAGAACUAUUUAAAGAAAUGGAAUCAAUAACGUUAGAAUCUGACAACAAAAAUGAAUUGCAUAAUCCAACUAGCGAUAGCUAAAGAUUAGCUAUGAUUCUAUAAAAAGAAAAACAAAGUUUCUAUAACUUUUGUUUACUUUAUCCAGCCCAGAAUAUUUUUUGACAAAUAUCGAUAGGUGUUGUAUAGGUAUCAAUAUCAUGAAAAUAUACUAUUUAAUAUAAUCAUGUAGAAAUAAAAUUAGCCCUAAAUGAGACAGUAAAACACUGAAAGAUAAACAUUUACUCAAACAUACGCUCAGAGUUACAAGUAAAAACUAUUUUUUUUUAUUAAUAAUCAUCAUAAAUCGUAAUAAUUCAUCAUGUCAGGUAAGUUUAGUAUUUAUAUCAAAAGUACCACUAUGAAUAUAAAGGUUACAAUAUGCAUAUUUUUAUUAGAGACAGUUUAUAAUAAUUCAAUUUAUAAUAUAAUAAAAUCGAAUACUUUAUUGGUUUUUCUCGCGUUAAUUAAAACAUAUAAAUAAGUUUAAAAAAACUAUGGACAACUUUCAGUGUAAACGUAUAACACCUAUUAUAGUUAACUAUAAAAAAAAAUAUUUUGAAAAAACGAAGACGAAACUUCGCAGAAAAUAUUUUUGAAUAUAAUAAUAAUUGUUGUUAAGUAGUUUUAGAAACAUAAUGUUAUGAAAUAGAUGAACACCGAGAUGAUGAGCUUCAAUCAAAAAAUAUGUCAUUGUAUUGUUAUAUAGAUUGAAAAAAAUCAUAUGCCUAAAUAAAUUAUGUGAUUAAUUAUUAUUAAAUAUUAUACAAUAUUAUAAAUUUGUUGAUUCAUAUCAAAAGUCUAUGUAAUAAAAAAUAUGUAUUAAAAAACAGUAAUUUUUCGUGUACGUA